AUGGUGUAUCCAGCAGCCACCGAAAAUGUCGACAGCAUAUUAAACGGCACUCUCCACCCCAGGUUUCGCCAUCGAUCAUUAUCUACGCCUACCUAUAACCAUCAUGACUCUUCAGAAUGUAACGCUGAUAUGGUGGAGGAGUUCAACCGUCUAAAGUCCUUCCAACAUGCCUGGAAGAAUGGUAUUACUGCGGCGAAUGAUCUACCGAAACCGAACGCGUACAAGAUCAAAGCAGCUCAGGCCCACAAGGAACAUAUCCCGGUCAGGAGUUUAAAGCUGGAUUUGAUUAUCACUGGGAAUCCAGGAACUGGUAAAUCAACCAUCGCCAGGAUAUACGCCGGAAAUCUCAGGUACUUAGACGUCAAGGAUGAUGUUUUGAUCGUGACCGGUUCCAGAGAGACUAUCCAAACCCUAUUAAGUCACCCUAAAGCUCGUGGGCGCUUUUCACGGAGGAUUGACCUUCAAGACUAUUCCGAGAACGACCUACUUGCCAUCCUAAUCAAUAUAUUAAAGGAGGACCGCCAAAAAGUCGAAGGCGGAUACAAUGCACCAUUCCUUCGAAUGUUUAUUCAACAGAUAGGAUAUAGAAAGAGACAAGGGACCUUCCAAAAUAUCAAUACAAUUCGAGAGGAAGUCCUGAAAGUCCGACAACGUCAAGGAGAACUUUUAGAGAAAGCAACAUGGCAGGAUAAAAACGCAGUCGUGAGUAUUCGUCACGAGUCCUAUAACCUGACAGAAUCGGACUUUUUAAGGAGCAACCCGACAGGUUUCUAUGGCCGAAGUGAUGCCUGGAAGAAGCUCGAGAAGAUGGCUGGUAUGGAAAAGGUCAAGGCUGCUGUAGAAGAGUUGGUUUCUAGGCAAGAAAUCAAUUAUGUUCGUGAAAAGGAAGGGAAAGAGCUUUUGAAACCCUCCCUCAACUACGUCUUUCUCGGUCCACCAGGGACAGGGAAGACGACUGUCGCAACGCUCUUCGGCCAGAUCAUCGCGGAUUUAGGAUACGUUGGUACCAACAAAGUGGUUGUGAAGAAACCAACGGAUUUCCUUGGACAAUAUGUUGGACAUUCAGAGGCUCAGACUCAAGACAUCCUAAAUGACACCCAAGAUAAGACUCUAAUUAUUGAUGAAGCGCAUAUGUUUUAUCAUAGCUCCGAGCGGUUUCCCUUAGAGGAUGAAUUUGAGUUUGAAAAUUAUGAUGACGAGGCUUUAGGCCAAAUCCUCGACAUCAUGCUUGCUCAAAGUGAUGUUACAACCAGCGAGAGCGCAAAAGUUGUUGCCAUGGAAGUUCUUAGGAGAGAGCGUGACCGCCCAAACUUCGAUAACGGAGGUGCAGUACGUAACCUCGUUAGUCGGGCAUUGACCACACAUAGUAAGCGUGUCUCGUCGCAGGCGAGAAAUCAAGACCUGAAUGGUGAAGCCAUCCCAGACAAGGACAAAAGGGGUCAUAUCAUCUUGGAGCCCCAAGACUUUGACCCAGAGUAUAACCGUGGGCUCCAGGUCAAUAGCGGCUGCAAUUCCUUGUUUAGGGGCUUGGUUGGCUUCCACAGCAUCAUUGGAGUUUUUGAAGGUUACCAAAAGAUGGCAGCAAACAUGCGGAAAUGCGGUCUCGACCCACGUGACGAAAUACCGUUUAGCUACGUCUUCAAAGGCCCUCCGGGUACAGGAAAGACUACGACCGCUCGGCUUCUAGGUCAAAUCUAUUACUCCAUGGGAUUCCUCUCAACUACUGAGGUUGUUGGUCCCAACAAGGAGAUAACGCGCAAACUUGGCGGCCUGCUCAAGCGGCUUAGCGAAACGGAGGGAUGGGCAAAUGCGCGAGACGUGGAAACCUUAUCAAAGAGGAUAGUCCGGAAUGCCUUCAUGAAAGACGUUAAGAUUGGGGAGUCUGUGAUGAUCACGCUGAAAGAAGUUGUUGCCAUCAUAACAGAGGUUCUUGAAGAACGAAUAUCGCAAAGUUUGAGGGAUGAAUAG